AUGCCAAUGCCGAUCUCACUCUGCUUAUACAUUGGACUCAACUAUGGCACCGUUAGUGGAAGUAUCGAUCUCACACAGUCCAUGAAGCUUGAGUUCCUGAGCUUCGAGGGCCAGUUUCCCUAUUUUGAAGACUGGACAAUGCCUUUGUCGACACGUUCCGUUGCUUUUGAUUUCGAUUUGACAGUACAACAGUGUUGUGAGCUUCUCAAAGCAAACCCAAAUUUGAAGAAACUUAGAGCUGUCGAUAUACUUCUUAAGUACAACAACAAGGACCGUUCUAUCAUUUCCCAUAACCUCGAGCAACUUCGUUUCCUCACACUCGACAAUGGAGCCGUUGGUGGAAUUCUUAGUCUCGCGCAGUCUCCAAAGAUUGAGCAUCUGAGCCUAGGAGGCAUACGUCUUCUCCGAUUUAAAAGGGAGCCAGCACUUUUGUCGGCACGUUCAGCUCUAUUCGAUAUAACUUCAAUUCGCACUGUACAACAGUGCCGUAAAUUUCUCGAGGCCACUCCGAACUUGAAGAGCCUUCAGCAUAACGAGAUACGUGGACCGACUCACGAUGAGGACAGCCCCGUCAUCUUGCAUAACCUCAAUCGCCUCAGUUUGUCGGGUCCAGCUCCACAUCUGUUAAUUGAUAAGCUGGCUCUUCCUGCUUUGACAGAGCUUGACUACCGAGAUCUCGAAACCUGGAAUGGCGGAGAAAUUUUAUCGACCUUUAUCCAACGUUCUUUGCCACCGUUAACCAGUCUGGUGAUUGGUGGCAACUGUGCAGAUGAAGAUACUAUUAUCUCUAUCCUCCCUCUUCUUCCUCUGCUUAAAAUGCUUAAUUUGUUUGCUUGCACUAUCUCAGCACAACUCUUCGACAUUCUUUCAAUACCAGGAGAUCCAAACGCAGUUCUUCUCGCUCAGGAUACAAGCGAUCGAAUUACGUGUCCUGAUAUGAGACACUUCAGCCUAUACAACUACAUUGUUGUAGGGGAAGCGCGCGAAUGUGCCAAUGCUUUAUGCACCAUGCUGGAGUCUCGCUGGAAUGUUUUGAGGCUGUGGGACGAUUUGGUUGAUAUCCAAGGGACUCGUUACCCAUUUUUUGCUUCUGAUCGCAGAAGAUUGCGGCGUCACAUCCGAGAAGGGAGACUCUUUCGCGCUAGAUGCUCCAGCUAUAGCAUUCCAGAUUAG